CCAUUUGGUAGAACUGUAGAAGGUUCACUCAGGCAGCGAAUUUGAACUGUAUUUCUUCCUUGCGAUCAAAGCGAUUAUUUCUUUGCGUAUACGAUUUUACCGAUCGUCGUUAGGCUUAGACCUACCACAGCUGCUCACUGGUUAAUUUAACCCCGCUGAAGACUGAACUAGCUGCUUCAAUGGCGUUCUGGACGUUCUUUGCAGCUCUAUUGGCGCUGGCGGGAGUACUUGUUCUAACAGAAUCCAACUACAUACAGUACAACACUUCUCAACGUUUAGUCCCAGACAAGAUCAACGUCCAUUUGGUUCCUCACUCUCACGACGAUGUUGGAUGGUUGAAGACCGUCGAUCAGUAUUACACCGGUUCGAAUAAUAGUAUUCGGGGAGCUUGCGUUCAGAAUGUUUUGGACUCAACAAUCUCCGCGUUAUUGGAGGACAAGAAUCGAAAAUUCAUUUAUGUUGAAAUGGCAUUCUUCCAACGAUGGUGGAGGCAGCAGAGUGAAACACUUAAGACUAAAGUCAAGGAACUUGUCAAAUCUGGUCAACUGGAGUUCAUAAAUGGAGCCAUGUGUAUGCAUGAUGAGGCAACCACACAUUACAUAGAUCUAAUUGAUCAGACGACUCUGGGGCAUCAGUUUAUCGAAAAAGAAUUUGGGCAGAGGCCCAGAGUUGGUUGGCAGAUUGAUCCAUUCGGUCAUUCUGCUGUUCAAGCCUAUUUGCUUGGUGCGGAGCUAGGUUUCGAUUCCCUUUUUUUUGCACGAAUUGAUUACCAAGACAGAGCUAAGAGGCUGGAUGAAAAGACUCUUGAAUUUAUGUGGCAGGGAUCUAAGUCACUUGGAAAAUCCUCUGAGAUCUUUACAGGGAUUUUCCCCAGGCAUUAUGAUCCCCCUGAUGGUUUCACAUUUGAAAUAAAUGACAUUUCUCAGCCUAUUCAGGAUGAUCCACUUCUGUUUGACUCUAAUGUUCAAGAGAGAGUCAAUGAUUUUGUUGCUGCUGCAGUGGCACAGGCUAAUGUAACAAGGACCAACCAUCUCAUGUGGGCUAUGGGGACAGACUUCCGUUAUCAAUAUGCUAAUUCAUGGUUCAGACAGAUGGAUAAGUUCAUUCAUUAUGUCAAUUUGGAUGGGCGUGUUAAUGCUCUAUAUUCAACACCAUCUAUCUACACUGAUGCAAAACACGCCACAAACAACUCAUGGCCACUUAAAACUGGCGACUUUUUCCCAUAUGCAGAUCGUGCAAAUGCAUAUUGGACAGGUUACUUUACUAGCAGGCCUGCCUUUAAGGGUUAUGUUAGAGCUAUGAGUGGUUACUACUUGGCAGCCAGGCAACUAGAGUUCUUUAAAGGACGAAGCGAGUCUGGGUCAAAUACUGAUACAUUAGCCGACGCUUUAGCUAUUGCUCAGCAUCAUGAUGCUGUUAGCGGGACACAACGACAACAUGUCGCUUCUGACUAUGCAAAGCGACUCUCUAUGGGCUAUUUUGAGGCUGAGAAGGUGGUGGCGUCCUCAUUGGCUCUUUUGGCUGAAUCCAAUUCAAGUCUUGAAGAUUCUUCCACCAAGUUUCAGCAGUGUCCUCUACUGAAUAUAAGUUACUGUCCUCCAUCAGAAGCUGCUUUGUCCGAUGGGAAAAACCUGGUGGUAGUUGUUUAUAAUCCCCUGGGAUGGAAAAGGAAGGAAGUUAUCAGAAUCCCUGUUUCUACUGAGAGUAUAGUUGUUCUCGAUUCUUCUGGAAGAGAAGUGACUUCACAAAUUGUUCCCUUGUCCAAUGUCUCUUUGAGGAUUAGAGACUAUAAUGUGAAAUCCUAUAUAGGUAGAUUUCCAGAUAAUACACCAAAGUAUUGGCUUGCUUUCUCAGUCUCUGUGCCGCCACUUGGUUUCAGCACUUACAUUGUUUCAAGUCCCAAACAAACAGGGAGUUCAGUCAUCUCAGAAGUAUAUGCAACAGAAGGAAACCGAGUUUCUAGCGAGGAAGUUGGCCAAGGAAAUUUGAAGCUACUAUAUGGUACAGACAAUGGGAAACUAACUCACUAUGUCAACAAGAAGAAUUUGGUUGAGAUGUCCACUGACCAAUCAUAUAGUUACUACUUGGGCUAUAAUGGAACCGACAGAGAAAAUCAGGCCUCUGGGGCAUAUAUCUUCCGUCCAAAUGGGACACUCCCAAUAAAUUAUGAAGGGAAGGUUGACUUAACUAUUAUAAAGGGCCCUCUUGUGGAUGAAGUACACCAAAAGCUGAGCCCAUGGAUACACCAGAUCACAAGGGUCUAUAAAGAGAAGGAACAUGUAGAAGUGGAGUUCAAUGUUGGGCCUAUACCUGUGGAUGAUGGAUACGGCAAAGAGGUUACAACUAAAAUUACGACCGGGAUGAAGACAAAUGCAACUUUCUAUACGGAUUCUAAUGGGCGAGACUUCAUAAGAAGGGUUAGGGAUUAUAGAGAUGAUUGGGAUCUCCAAGUUAAUCAGAGAAUUGCAGGAAAUUACUAUCCAAUUAACCUUGGAAUUUAUACUCAAGAUGAGAACACAGAACUAUCAGUUUUGGUUGACCGAGCUGUUGGUGGAUCUAGCUUGGAGGAUGGUCAGAUAGAGCUUAUGUUACACAGGAGGUUGCUUAAUGAUGAUACUAGAGGUGUUGGUGAAGCUUUAAAUGAAGAAACUUGUGCACAUAAUGACUGUCAGGGCUUGGAGAUCCAGGGGAAGUUUUACUUUAGAAUCGACCGAUUAGGAGAAGGUGGUGCUAAGUGGCGCAGGACAUUUGGACAAGAGAUAUACUCUCCCCUUCUGAUGGCAUUUGCUGAGCAGGAAGGAAAUGAUUGGACAGACUCUCAUGUUUCAACUUUCUCUGGGAUUGAAGAUAGUUUACCUGGUAAUGUUGCUCUCAUAACUCUUCAGGAACUUGAAACUGGAGAAGUGCUUGUUCGGUUGGCCCAUCUGUAUGAGGUUGGAGAGGACAAAGAUUUUUCAGGCAUGGCUAAGGUUGAACUGAAGAAGUUGUUUCCUGGGAAGAAGAUCCAGAAAGUAAGAGAAAUGAACCUUUCUGGCAAUCAGGAGAGAACAGAAAUGAUUAAGAAGAAACUUGUUUGGAAAUCAGAAAAAUCAUCAUCAAGAGAUGUUUCAAGUAGGAAGGGAGCAUCUGUAGUAGAUCCCAUUGAAAUGGUGGUUGAACUUGCUCCCAUGGAAAUCCGCACCUUCCAUAUUCAACUUGAUCACACUUCUGAUUUACCAUCAUCAUAUAUGUAUGUUGAUGGUUAGUUAUGGGAUCAAUUAGAAUGAGUGACUCACUAAAUUAUGUCUAAAUCUAGUUAGAAAAUGUUCCAGGAGUCCAACAAUUGCAUGAGAGCAUGUGUACUGUGCAAACUUCAAAACUACUCUUUAUUCAUAAGGCAGGCAGAACAGAUUGAACAAUGAUGUCCUGAUGGUUCUCAAUUGCAACAAUUACC